AUGGCGGCGAAUGCCGGAAUGGUGGCGGGCUCUCACAAGAGGAACGAGUUCGUCAUGAUUCGGCACGAAGAAGAAUCUGGGCCCAAGCCCAUGAAAAACGUUGCUGGCCAAGUGUGCCAGAUCUGUGGAGAUACUGUAGGGCUCACAGUGACAGGAGAAGUUUUUGUUGCUUGCAAUGAGUGUGCUUUCCCAGUUUGCCGCCCUUGCUAUGAGUAUGAGAGGAAGGAUGGAAAUCAAUGUUGCCCUCAAUGCAAGACUAGGUACAAAAGACAGAAAGGUAGUCCUCGAGUUGAGGGAGAUGAUGAAGAGGAUGGAGUCGAUGAUCUGGAAAAUGAGUUCAAUUACACUCAAGGAAAUUGCAGGGCACUACGUACAUGGCAACAAGGCCACGAAGAAGACAUUGAUUUGUCUUCAUCAUCCAGACACGAGUCACAACACCGUAUUCCAUGCUUGACCAGUGGGCAGCAGAUUUCUGGUGAAAUACCAGAUGCCUCACCUGAUCGUCAGUCCAUCAGAUCAUCAGGCCCCUUAGGAUAUGGAGACAAACGUGCUCCUUCAGUUUCUAGUGUUGAUCCUAGCUUGCCAGUUCCUGUAAGAAUUGUAGACCCUUCAAAGGACUUGAAUUCAUAUGGUCUGGGAAGUGUUGACUGGAAGGAAAGAGUUGAAGGUUGGAAGCUCAAACAGGAUAAGAAUAUAGUGCAGAUGGCCAACAAAUACCCUGAUGGAAAGGGAGACAUUGAAGGAACUGGUUCAAAUGGUGAUGAUUUGCAAAUGGCUGAUGAUGCUCGCUUACCUAUGAGCCGUACAGUUUCUAUUCCUUCCAAUCAAUUGAACCUAUAUCGUGUGGUGAUCAUACUACGGCUUAUUAUAUUGUGCUUCUUCUUCCAGUACCGUAUUACCCAUCCUGUUCGAGAUGCAUACCCAUUGUGGUUAACAUCUGUUAUAUGUGAGGUUUGGUUUGCUUUGUCAUGGCUUUUAGAUCAAUUUCCAAAGUGGUGUCCGGUAAACCGGGAAACAUAUCUUGAAAGGCUUGCAAUGAGAUAUGACAGGGACGGCGAGCCUUCACAGUUAGCUCCUAUUGAUAUUUUUGUUAGUACUGUGGAUCCUCUGAAAGAACCUCCUCUUAUUACAGCCAACACUGUGUUGUCAAUUCUUGCUGUGGACUACCCUGUUGACAAAGUUUCAUGCUAUGUUUCUGAUGACGGGUCAGCAAUGUUGACGUUUGAAGCACUCUCGGAGACUUCAGAAUUUGCUAGGAAGUGGGUUCCCUUCUGCAAGAAGCACAACAUUGAACCUAGGGCUCCGGAGUUUUACUUUUCUCAAAAGAUCGACUACUUGAAGGACAAAAUCCAACCUUCUUUUGUUAAAGAGCGCCGGGCAAUGAAAAGGGAGUAUGAAGAGUUCAAAGUACGAAUAAAUGCUCUUGUUGCCAAGGCACAGAAAACCCCAGAAGAAGGCUGGACAAUGCAAGAUGGGACUCCUUGGCCUGGAAAUAAUUCAAGAGAUCACCCUGGCAUGAUUCAGGUCUUUUUGGGGCAAAGUGGAGGCCUUGACACAGAUGGUAAUGAGUUGCCUCGCCUUGUAUAUGUUUCCCGUGAAAAGAGGCCAGGCUUCCAACAUCACAAAAAAGCUGGUGCAAUGAAUGCUUUGAUUCGUGUAUCUGCUGUUUUAACCAAUGGCGCCUAUCUUCUAAAUGUGGAUUGUGAUCACUACUUCAAUAACAGCAAAGCUCUUCGGGAAGCAAUGUGUUUCAUGAUGGAUCCUGCUUAUGGAAAGAAGACAUGUUAUGUACAGUUCCCUCAACGUUUUGAUGGCAUUGACUUGCAUGAUCGAUAUGCCAAUCGUAACAUCGUCUUUUUUGAUAUAAACUUGAAAGGCUUAGAUGGCAUCCAGGGCCCUGUCUAUGUGGGGACUGGGUGCUGUUUCAAUAGGCAGGCUUUAUAUGGUUAUGAUCCAGUCCUGUCGGAGGCAGACUUGGAGCCUAACAUAGUUGUGAAGAUUCUGCUGUGGCCUCAUAGGAAGAGGCGAAGAGGAGCAAAGAUUACAUGAUAAAAGCGAGCUGCCAAGAGGACUGAAUCGACAAUUCCUAUUUUCAACAUGGAGGACAUUGCAGAGGGUAUUGAUGGUUAUGAAGAUGAGAGAUUACAUCUAAUGUCUCAAAAGAGAUUAGAGAAACGUUUUGGACAGUCACCAAUUUUCAUUGCUUCCACCUUCAUGGAGCAAGGAGGCAUACCACCAUCUACCAAUCCAGCUUCACUGUUAAAAGAAGCUAUCCAUGUUAUUAGCUGCGGCUAUGAGGAUAAAUCUGAAUGGGGCAAAGAGAUUGGCUGGAUCUAUGGAUCUGUUACCGAGGAUAUUUUGACUGGGUUUAAAAUGCAUGCUCGAGGAUGGAUAUCGAUUUAUUGCAUGCCUCCUCGCCCUGCAUUCAAGGGUUCAGCUCCAAUUAAUCUUUCAGAUCGUCUAAAUCAAGUGUUGCGAUGGGCCUUGGGAUCAAUAGAGAUUCUGCUCAGCAGACAUUGCCCCAUUUGGUAUGGCUACAGUGGCAGGCUGAAGCUUCUGGAGAGGCUAGCAUACAUCAACACCAUUGUAUAUCCACUCACAUCCAUCCCUCUGAUUGCUUACUGUGUGCUUCCAGCUAUCUGCCUCCUCACCGGAAAAUUUAUUAUACCAGAGAUAAGCAACUACGCUGGCAUAUGGUUCAUAAUGCUUUUCAUCUCCAUCUUUGCCACUGGAAUCUUGGAGCUCCAGUGGAGCGGUGUAGGCAUCGAAGACUGGUGGAGGAAUGAACAGUUCUGGGUGAUCGGAGGCACAUCAGCCCAUCUAUUCGCUGUGUUCCAAGGACUCUUAAAAGUCCUUGCUGGAAUAGAUACCAACUUCACUGUCACAUCCAAAUCCUCAGACGAAGACGGAGAUUUCGCAGAGCUCUACGUGUUCAAAUGGACCACCCUCUUGAUACCACCAACUACCGUUCUCGUUGUCAACAUUGUAGGAAUUGUUGCAGGGGUUUCUUAUGCAAUUAACAGUGGUUAUCAAUCUUGGGGUCCGCUAUUUGGAAAGCUCUUCUUCUCAAUUUGGGUCAUUGUACAUCUUUAUCCAUUUCUUAAGGGUUUGCUCGGGCGGCAGAAUAGGACGCCGACGAUUGUUAUUGUGUGGUCGAUACUUCUCGCAUCGAUAUUCUCGCUUUUGUGGGUUCGGAUCGAUCCUUUUACUUCUCCUGCCCAGAAAGCUGCAGCAGCUGGACAAUGUGGAAUCAAUUGCUAAGCAAAUGUGAAUUAGAAUGUGCUGCUAUUUAAUCAUUUGUUUGAUGUUGUGCAGCUUUAAGAAUAAACAUUUUGUCGGAGGUAUAUGAUGUAAAUUAUGUAAGAGGCGAUUACAUGAUAUAUGCAGAUUAUGCAGUGAUUUGCUGUCUGAUAUGUGUUAGCUGUGACGUAUGCUGUUGAAAUCAGAAUGUAUACAAAUGAUUGGGCUUCGGAUGUUGAUUUAUGUACAAAUAACUCGCUAAAAUAAGCACCAUCGUUCUGUUCUGAUUA